CGUAUGAAGAAAAAUGAUGGCGUCCAUGUUGUAAAUUUAACUCUUAUGUUUCAUUGGAUCUGUAAGACGUCAGUUGUGGAUUUUUACUUCAUAUUUUGUGUUUAUCCACUACGAAAGCAACUGGAUCACUCGAAAUUACAAUGAGUGGGGGAACUCCGUAUAUUGGUAGUAAGAUCAGUUUAAUUUCAAAGGCGGAGAUCCGUUAUGAGGGGAUUUUAUAUACAAUCGAUACAGAGAACUCCACCGUUGCUCUUGCUAAAGUUCAUUCCUUUGGUACAGAAGAUCGACCAACAGACCGGCCUUUUCCUCCUCGAGAUGAAGUUUUUGAAUACAUUAUUUUCCGUGGCAGUGAUAUCAAGGACCUUACUGUGUGUGAACCUCCCAAGCCUCAAUGCAGUCUUCCUCAGGACCCUGCCAUUGUUCAGUCUUCAUUAGGUACUUCCAGUUCAUCCCAGUACCAUCCUGUUAAUUCCUAUGCUCCUUUUGGCAGAAUCGCAGCAUACAGCCAGUUUAGCUCUAGUCCUCUGGUAGGGCAACAGUAUGGUGCUGUCGGAGUUGGUAGCUCCUUAACAUCUUUUGGAACUGAAGCUGCCCCAUCUGCAGUAUUAUCCCAGAACUGUACAGCUGGGUCUGCCUUUACAUCUGAUGCACGAUCUCUGAAAACACAGUUAUCUCAAAGCUGCUCAAGUCAACCAGACUCUCUGAGGAAGAGUCCUGCAAUAGAGCAAGCAGUUCAGACAACAUCACCAGCAUCAGUACCAGCUACAGCACAACCAGUUACAAGAAGUCCUACUUCAGUCAAGCCUGCAUCAUCAACUAACCAAAAAAUAGUGGAGAACAGCCACGAACAGAGGAGAGCUGAAACACAAAAAAAUAACAGACAAGAAUCUGAACAUCUUAGACAUGAAAACCGAGAAAGAAAACAGCCAAGUGGAACAUCUCUUCGGAGAGGUCGUGGUGGACACCGUGGUAGAGGAAGAUAUUCAGUCAGAAGGGAUGGUCCUGUGAAGUUUGAAAAAGACUUUGAUUUUGAAAGUGCCAAUGCCCAGUUCAAUAAGGAAGAAAUUGAUAGAGAAUUCCAAAGCAAACUGAAAAUAAAAGAAGAGAAACCAGAAAAGCAAGACAAAAGCAUAAAUGGUGAAGAUAAAGGAGAUUCUGGUGUAGAUACUCAGAACAGUGAGGGCAAUGCUGAUGAAGAAGAUCCACUAGGACCCAAUGUGUAUUAUGACAAAUCUAAAUCCUUUUUUGACAAUAUAUCAUGUGAUGACAACAGAGACAGAAGGCCAACAUGGGCAGAAGAAAGAAGAUUAAAUGCAGAAACAUUUGGGUACCCAUUACGUUAUCGUGGUCGUGGUGGCUACAGAGCUAGAGGUGGUGUUGGCUUUAGAGGUGGCAGAGGACGUGGAGGUGGAAGGGGAUACAGUGCUCCACGAGGUGGCUUCCGUGGUAGUUACAGAGGAGUUGGAGGACGAGGUGGCAGAGAGUAUGCUGACUUUGAAUACAGGAAGGAUAAUAAAGUUGCUGCAUAGUGCACACAGCAAAGCUGGAACUGCCACCAUUUUAGCUUUUGUUCCAGAGAAUUUUGCCACCUUACACAUUGAAAGAGAAGAAUGAAGAAAAGCGUUUGUCGUUUCUGUCACCAGCACUGGGGUUUAACUGCUUUCCUUAUGACGGGUGUAAGGCAGUUAUUUUAAAUGGUUGCCUGUAAAAUGUGUUGCACACUGAAGGUCUGAAACAUGAACAGAUGGAUGAGUACAGUGAUGUAUUCACAUAACAGUACUUCAUUGGAACUUCAGUAUUUUGCAUCAGUUUGAGAGCUUUUCAUAUUGCCGAAUUGUAUUUGAUUAAUUCUGUAAGAGUUGUAACGAACAUUGUAUGCAGAAAGCCGUCGAUACUGUGAAAGUAUUUUGAUCCAUUGAAGUUAACUAUCUGGGGCAAAUCCUGACGUGUACCUUUCAGAAAAUUGUUGGAAAUGUCUUGUCAGAUCAGCUGUUACAGGUAGCCAGCAUUACUAUAGUUAAUGUAUCACAGCUGUAACAGAUUCAGUUUCCUUUUGAAUAGAAGUAUUUUUAUAGCAAGGUGUACAGUACUGUUACAUCCCUCAAAUUAUGGAAAUUAUAAACUUUGUACAUCUGUGUAUAAUGAAAACGUGAACGAUUUUUUUGAUGAAGAUGCAUAUUUUUAGUCUCAACAAUGCCAGUUAAGCUAUAGUCAAACACACACACACACACCUUGAACACUUAAUUUGUAAAGUUUGAUAAACUUGCCUUUAGAGCUUUAAUAUUGUAAUGCUGUUUUGAGGAAAGUACUUGACAGGGAUGUAAGCUGUCAUUCCACUUGUUUUCUUAAAUGAAUGUUACAUUACAUACCUGUUAUCUGUUUUCAGUCCAUUAGCCUUUUCUGUAGCAUAUCCCAGGAUUUGUCCAAAAUAUGAUUCUCACAAAUAACCAUAUGAAUUUUUUUCUGUGAAAGUGUAAAUCAUCUUUACUUGGCUGAAUUGCCAUUUAUUUUAAAAAUGUGAUCAUAUAUGUACGGCGAUGGUAAUAUUUCUGAAAAAGUUGUGGAAUUAAGCUUUCCAUUUCUCAUUUAGAUGUAAGGUAUUUGCUUUAAGAAACUAUUUAAAGUUGCCUGUAUUUUGACAGCCUUGAUGCAAAUGAAGCACUGGUUACUGAACCUUGCUGUUUAGGAUAAUGUUUAUUACAAACAAAUGGGCUAAGUGUAACUUGAUGGUUAUGGAGAGAGUACAAAAACAGAAGUGAUACACUAUUUCAAUUGCACAUGAACAUCUUUCGGAAAAAAAGGGAUCCAAAGAGAAAAUACUGUUUUAAUCAUAUCUAUUUUUUGUAAUUAGAAUAAUCAAAAGUUUAUUCAGUAGUUGCAUAGUAAUAUGUGAUUGGUUAAUUGUAUUUGCUGACGAUGAGCUGGGUGGUCACAUUUUAGAAUUAUUGAUCUGACCUAAUUUAUAUUUUUACUGACUGCCACAAGACCACCUGUAAAUAAUUCCGAAAAAUUGGGAUUUCAAGAAGGACCCUUGUUGCUGCCAGUAGAAUGAAAUAAAAAUGUACAUAUUUA